GAGAGAGCGAGAGGUGAACUGCUUAAGAAAUGUUUUUGACAGUUGCAGAAAAAGUGACAUAUUGCUGCAGAUAGCAGCAGAGAGCAGCAAUGGAGCCGCAAGAGAUCAGAGAGGGAUAUUUGGUGAAAAAGGGUACAUUGCUAAACUCGUGGAGAGCUGUGUGGGUGGUGUUGUCAGAAGAUGGGGUGGACUUCUAUAAAAAGAAAACAGAUCGUUCACCUAAAGGGAUGAUCCCACUGAAGGGAGCAACGCUCAUCAGCCCUUGUCAGGAUUUUGGCAAGAGAAUGUUGGUUUUCAAGAUUACCACUGAGAAGAAGCAGGAUCACUUUUUUCAAGCCUCUCAUGUGGGGGAGAGAGAGCUUUGGGUCAAGGACAUCAAGAGAGCCAUUACCUGCAUCCAAGGGGGGAAAAAGUUUGCCAGAAAAUCUACCAGACGCUCCAUUCGCCUGCCUGAAGCAGUCAACCUAGGUAUGCUGUACACAGAGAUGAAAGACCAGGAUGAUGGAGUGAAAGAGUUAAAACUGGAACAGGAUAAUCGAGUCUUCAACCACUGCUUCACUGGUGCGACGGUGAUAGACUGGCUGAUUUCGAAAGAGAAAGCGAGAAACAGGCCCGAGGCACUCAUGUUAGCAACAGGGCUCAUGAAUGAGGGUUUUCUCCAGCCUGCGGGUGACCUGUCAAAAGAGGGAGCAGAAAGUGGAGAGCAAGCAGCCUUCUUAGAUGACACGAAAGCUCUCUACUACUUUGCAGACAGUGGCUUCUUUUGUGAAGGCUACUCCAGUGAUGAAGAUGUGCUUCUGAAGGAAGAAUUCAGGGGAAACAUCAUAAAACAGGGCUGUUUGGUUAAACAGGGACACAGGAGAAAAAACUGGAAGGUGCGAAAGUUCAUACUUAGAGAUGACCCUGCUUAUCUGCAUUACUACGACCCUGCAAAGGCCGAUGACCCUCUGGGCUCAAUCCACCUACGUGGGGCUGUGGUCACAGCUGUGGAGUAUGUGCCUGAUGCCAAAAAAAAAGAAGUUGAUGGCAACCUAUUUGAGAUCAUCACUUCAGACGAGAUUCAUUACUUCCUCCAAGCUGCUACAGCCGAAGAAAGAAAGGAGUGGAUCAAAGCAGUACAGGGGGUGUCAAAAAGUGGAAAAUAACAAAGGCUGUGGAGCAGCAGGCAAAUAUGAAUGAGCUAUGGUUGUGUAUUGAAUGUAACGUUUUUGUUUUGUUUUGUAUUGUUUUAGAGUAACUGUCAUGUUAAAGUUCUCUACACACUAUCAAACUACAACAUAACAUCUGCUGUAACUAAAGAUGAUCAAAUUUGUAAUGCAAACUUCACCACUAAUGUUUACUCUAUGUUGCCAUCUAGCACUGCACACAAACAUAUGAUAGGAAAUUAAAAAAUGGUAUGGGCUGAAGAAUACAUAGAAUUUGUUAUAAUUAGAAACCACUGCAAAUAUCUAUUUAUUUUUAAUGUGCUAUUCUGUAAAACUGUGAUAUGGCUGUGUCUUUUAAAAAAAUUACACAAAUUUAAAACAGUCCCUUAGUGAGAGCAAAGGCUGUGAACGAGGGCAGUGGGAAAUACAAACUAUUUUUUUUCCUUUCUGAGUCUUAUGACUCACUCCACUGUGGGUUUUUGUUUUUUUUUUUUAUUAUUUCCUCCUUAACCGUCAACGUUCUGAGAUAGUUCUAGCUAUCAUACGGGCACACUCGGUUCCUGAGUGUGAACUAACUCCGAAUCACAUUCUGCCUUCACAGUUUCACAGUGUCACUUUGAAGCUUAGAGGCCUGCUGCAUAUGUGAGACAAUUUAUCAGUGACAGAAAUGACAAGCUUGCACUACUAUAUGCAUUCAGAAAUGUAGUUUUGAAAGCUAAACAGAUCAGAAAUUAAGGAAAGCUUUGAGUUUAUGAAAACUUAAUCUUCCUUUUUUUUUUGUUUUGUCUGUCACUGUUAUUAACCAGAUUAAUGCUAUAUUUACUUAUUGAUUUGUGGUGGGCUUGCAAUGUGAAAAAUGUCAGACAGACCUUAGACAUCAAGCCUAUUUAAAAAUAGGUUGGAUGUCCGAUGAUGAUGAUGAUGAUGAUGAUGAUGAUGAUGAUGAUGAUGAUGAAAUUGGCACACAGGAGCAGUAAUCAUUUUCAAUUUCAGAUCCCUUUAGUAUUGGUCUGAUUUGUCACACCAGUAUAAGUCACUAGAGAGCUAUCAUCUUAUUGUUAAGAGUGAUGAGUGGCAUUUAAGGUGCACUUAAGUUUGGUAUCAUUGGUAUAAUUGAAUUUAGAUGAUGUAACUAAAACACAGAUGUGCAUGUAACCUAUCUAAAUGUUUUUUUGUUUUUUUCUGUGUUGCAUGUGACUUUUGACACAGCACUGUGUGAAGUGUUACUUUGGGGAGUACAUACUUACUAUAACUGAAAGGAACAAUGACAGAAACUGUAAACUGUGGUUCUUUUAAUAUAAAUU